GGGUUUGUUUGUUGAUCCAGAAAAGACCAAGCCUUUGUCGGCCCCAUUGUUUUAGGCAGCGUGGGACACGACCACGUUUUAUCUGGAUGAGGUAUUGACCAUGCGAGUCAAGAUUGUCCCUGCAGAAAGCAGUUGAAGAAAACAUAGUGGGGAAUUGUUUGGAGCCACAGACCUCCACCUGCUCCUCCUCCACCGUGCCAAACCCAUCCAAAAGCAGACAAAGAGCUGGCCCCCCGGAGCCAUCUCUGCUCUUCAGGACUGUUUUGAGCACACUGACUGGGACAUGUUCAGGAAGGCUGCAACCUACGGUGACUUUACCAACCUGAAGGAGUACACAACAUCGGUCAUUGGCUACAUCAGUAAGUGCAUCGAUGACGUCAAUGUCUCCAAGAACAUCACCACACGCUCCAACCAGAUGCCCUGGAUGACUACGGAGGUGCGCACGCUGCUGAGAACCCGUGACACUGCCUUCAAAUCAGGUGACAAGGCUGCCCUGAGAACAACAAGGGCCAACCUGUCCAGUGCCAUCAGAGCAGCGAAGCGUGCCCACGCCCAGAACCUACUCAGCCACUUCAAAGACACUAGGGAUGUUCGGUGCAUGUGGCAGGGCAUCCAGGCCAUCACCAACUACAGGGCAUCUCCACCUGCCUGUGAUGAUGAGGCCUCCCUUCCAGACGUGCUGAAUAACUUCUACGCACAGUUUGAAGCCCAAAACAUCAUGGCAGUGAGGAAGUCCAUCCCACCUCCCAACGAUCAGGUGCUCUGUCUGACCGUGGCUGAUGUGAGGAAAACUCUGCUUAGAGUCAACCCAUGGAAAGCUGCUGGUCCAGACAACAUCCCUGGUUGUGUGCUCAGAGGAUGUGCAGAACAACUGGCAGAUGUUCUCACAAACAUCUUCAACAUCUCUCUGAGCACCACAGUCAUCAUCCCCGUGCCAAAGAAGUCUUCAGUGUCAUGCCUCAAUGACUAUCGUCCCGUAGCAGUCACGCCCAUCAUCAUGAAGUGCUUCGAGAGGCUCGUCAUGAGGCACAUCAAGUCCCUACUGCCACCCUCACUAGUCCCCUUGCAGUUUGCAUACCAUCCCAACCACUCCACGGACGAUGCCAUCACCACCGCCCUUCAUCUGGCCCUCACCCAUCUGGACAAAAAGGACACUAAUGUGAGAAUGCUGUUCAUAGACUUCAGUUCAGCAUUCAACACCAUCGCUCCUCAGCAUCUGAUCGGGAAGCUGAGACUGCUGGGCUUAAACACCUCUCUCUGUUAAUGGGUCCUGGACUUCCUGACUGGGAGACCUCAGUCAGACAGGAUCGGGAGCAACAUCUCCAGCACCACCACGCUGAACACAGGAGCCCCCCAGGGCUGUGUGAUCAGCCCUUGAUUUUUCACGCUGCUGACCCACGACUGUGCAGCAAUGACACAACUGUGGUGGGUUUGAUCAGCGGGAAAGAUGAGGCAGCAUACAGAGAGGAGGUGCAACAGCUGACGGACUGAUGCAGAGCCAACAAUCUUUCCCUGAAUGUGGACAAAACAAAGGAGGUAGUUGUCCACUUCAGGAGGGCACAACGAGCCCACUCCCAGUUUGGCAUCGCAAUAAAGGGACAUGCUUGUCCUAUAUAUGGGCUGUCUCCCAACAAUUUGUAGUCCCCCAUCUUUUCUUGCCAGUCCAAAUAAAAAUGAGAGGCCCUCAGCAUUCUUCCAGGUGGACCCACAAAAAUGUCCAUGAAAUGCCCUCUCACACCACAAAUCCCCUGGAGCAUAACAGAGUAAUAUGACUUCCUGUUCAUAUAGUCACCUCCUCUGAUCUUUGGCCUCUGGAUUCUUAUGUGACACCCAUCAGUGGCUCCAGUAAUUCCAUUGAUGCCACACAGCCUGUGGAAAGUGGCCGAUAACGCUUUCUUCUCGCAGGAAGUUGGCCAGGAGAUAAAGAGGGGCUCAAGAGUAUGGAAUAGCUGAAGGGCUUCAGUCACAGCUUUGCCAUUGACUGUGAAAUAUUAAACUUGUCAAAAGUCUCUCUGAAACUGUUCUGGUUUGCCAUGUACCACAAGAACAUCAAGACCUUCUGUCUUACAGGAACAGGUGGAAGCCCUCUGGUCGGUUCCUCUGUUAGCCCCUGUUACUGUAGCUUCAGUAGAAGAUAGUCACACUGACUUUUGGUCACUCUCAGAUGGCGAAAAAAUGUGUUGUCGGCCAUGCUCAUCAUUCAUUCCCAUUCUAUGCCCAUCUUCACAACCACCACCUCUUCACAACCUCUUGGUCACUCUCAAAUGACCGAUUUCCGUAAACGUUAAAACCGUGGCGAUCAACCGUCACCAUAGAAUUUCGCACAAUAUGUCUUCAAAAAUAAGUAUCAACAGUUAUUCCAAGUUGGGACCUUUCUUAGUAUUACACAAAUGUACUUCAAAUUUAAAAAGCGUUACAGAUGAGUGAAGGUUCGUUUCUUUCUUGCUGGUUAUAUCACAAUGGCUCUAAAUUGUGGCCAGAAUCAUACAAAAUUUGCUUAGUCCUCUCUUUUUUGUGGUGGUACACAAUGUAACCUUUUUCUCCGUUCUUUCUCUUCGGUUUGGUUUUUUAUGGCAAGUACUCUUUCCAUGAGUUUUUUGUGCUCAGACAACAGCAACAACAGCACAUUCAUAGAGGCAGCCAUGUUUGUUCUGAGUUGUGGUAGCUCAAAUGGGAGAUUGUCGGACGUGACGUCACUCAACUUGGAAUUUCCGAGUUCCGAGAGAAAAACAAAUGCACCAUUAGUCUGCAUUCAAGUCUGUUUCCCCAGUCCAGUCAUUGAUGUUGUGUUGAGUUCUAUCCCCGCUCCCUGCUCACUCUUCCUGCACACAGUUACGACCAUAUCAUGACCGUAAACAAUAUGGUAACUUUUGUUCGGGGUCAUUUGGAUAUUUUCUGUUGUCAUUAUGAUGUAAAAAAAGGCAAACACAAUUGUUUGAUAAUAAAUGGCUUCACCCAACCACUAACCACGAGUGACAGAGAGGUUAUUGUGUUAUCAUUCAUAUUCUCUGAAAAAUGGCCAAAACAUCACAAAUUCUGCCAGGGUAUGUAAACUUUUGAGCACAACUGUAGAUGAAUGACGAUUCUUGAUGCAGUGCCUCCUGAGGGAUCGGAGAUCAUGGUUAUUGUUCAGUUUAGGCUUGCGCCCUUGUCCCUUAUGCACUGAAAUUCCUCCAGAUUCCUUGAAUCGUUUAAUUAUAUUAUGCACUGUUGAAGGUGAA